AUGUCUGAAGAUAUGCUCGUAGAUGAAAGUGAAUAUAGUACAACAUGUUAUGUUGGCAAUACAUUAUUAAUAUCCGACUCAGAAUUAAUCCAAUAUUGUUCUCAAUUUGGAAAAGUUGUCGAUUGUUAUCAUUCAUGCUAUGAUCAAACAAAAAUUCCACUAAUCGAUUAUCGUUUUGUUAAAUAUGCUAUGGCAAGUGAAAUAGAAAAUUUUUUACAAAUAAACUCGCAUAUAAUCAAUUCCAUACAAUUAGAUGUUAGACCAUAUGCAGAUGUAUUCGAUGAAGAUGUGCCAUUAGCGCUAGAUAAAAAGUUGUUUAUUCUAAAAAUCAAUGAUACUAUCAAAGCAAAAGAUUUACGAAAAUAUUUUCGUGAAUAUGGUCUUAUUAAAGAUUGUCAAAUUCUUGGAACACUUUCGUCAUCUUUUGGCUAUAUUGAAUUCGAUACAACAUAUUCCCUCAAAAGAUUAUUUUCAUUUGUAAAUAAAAAAUAUAAAAUAAAAAAUGUCGACAUACAAAUUUUGCGUGCUAUCCGACCAACAGAUAUUAUUCAAAAAUAUACUAAAGUGAAAGAAUCACGAUCAAAUAGUCAAAUGACUGAUCAAUCAACAACUCAUGAUGAUUGGAAACAAAUUAGAUUCAAUGAUAUUCUUACUACUACAAAUGAUCAAUUAAUCGGAAUGAGACAGAAAACUGUUGAGCAUGCUGAUAAUGGAGAAUUAUCAAAAUCAGAAAAGUAUUAUAUACAAUUUCGUCAAGAUUUUGAAUAUUUAGAUAACAAGAUCUGA